CACCGUAUAUGCAUUCUGUGUUGAAGACAGCUUGCUAACCCUCCAGCCUAUGGAAACACAUAAGGUCAUGAAACGAAACGUGGGUACCAGAAAAUAGUUUCAUGUACACGGGAGUACCACGAGGCUAUGCCAAGACAUAGAUUUUAUAUUAUUCUUCACGUAAGCUAACGUUACUGCAUUACGUAGGUGGUUUUAAGGCGUCGGUAGUACAAUUUAGCAUUUGUUAAUUGAAAGCCAUGAGCCCUGCCUCAAGUCAAGCCCUUCCGAUUUCUCCCGAAAAUGGGAGGUCAGCCACAGUUACAGAAUCGUUUCUGCGUCUUCUGGGCCAUGUUAAAGUCGAAAACCUGGUAGCUGGAUUAAGUGGGGGAGUCGUGUCAACCAUGAUACUCCAUCCUCUUGAUCUGGUCAAGAUAAGAUUCGCAGUAAGUGAUGGCCUUCAGGUAAGGCCUACAUACAAUGGCAUAAUGAGCUGCAUGAGGAGUGUCUGGCAUCAGGAGGGUAUCCGUGGACUCUACCAAGGCGUGACACCCAACAUCUGGGGAGCCGGAGCGUCGUGGGGACUGUACUUCUUCUUUUACAACGCAAUCAAAGCGUAUGCCAAAGAAGGUCGCGAGAGCGAACUGAGUGCCACAGAACACAUGGUCUCUGCAGCGCAGGCAGGUAUCUUGACGCUGUGCUUAACCAACCCUAUCUGGGUCACAAAGACCCAACUAGUUCUCCAGUACAGCGCCGAUCGCAGUAGGAAGCAGUAUAAGGGCAUGGUGGAUGCUCUCGUCAAAAUCUACAAGCAUGAAGGAAUUCCUGGACUGUACCGGGGAUUUGUACCAGGGCUGUUUGGUACAUCCCAUGGUGCACUGCAGUUUAUGGCCUAUGAAGAACUAAAGAGGGAUUACAACGAGUACAGAAAUAAGGCAUCUGAUGCAAAAUUGGAUUCACUGGAAUACAUUGCCAUGGCAGCUCUAUCGAAAAUAUUUGCGGUUGCCACGACAUACCCGUACCAGGUAGUCCGAGCUCGUUUACAAGACCAGCACAACAAAUACCAUGGGGUGAUCGACGUAGUCAGGAAGACCUGGAGAAACGAAGGCCCGGUGGGCUUCUACAAAGGGAUGGUGGCCAACUUGAUCCGCGUCACGCCUGCCUGCUGCAUCACCUUCGUGGUGUACGAGAACGUUUCGCGCUUCCUACUGGGCUCGAAGCAGUGAGCAGUGUUUUGGCAUUGCAGUGGCGGUGGCAGUGGCAUGGAAUUGUCCGGAAGCCCGGCUGGCCCUGACCCCUCGCUCCUCACCUCGCGCUGGGGGACCACUGAAGCUCUGCGCUGUGCUCCUGGACAGGAUGUGUGAGGCGAGACGGACAGGCAGCCAGUCGGGAUGCGCGUGUGUAUUUGUUGUGUGUGUAGCUCACAAGAGAUCCCGCAGGAGUCGAAAACAGCGAACAAAACAGCUGACAUAUAAUCCAAAUCACACUGCACUGAAGUAAGACUGGAAGCAGGUCUGCUACGGAUGCCCAGCUAUGAACAAUGGACGAGCAAAAUUGGACCGCUCCAACACGCACAACGUGUCUAUGGGAUCGAUAGAUGCAUAAGAGGUGUGAGUGUGUGUGUGAGAGAGAGUGGGGGGUGUGUGUGAGUGGGGUGUCAGUGCAUGCUGUGUCUGCAGCCCUGACAGGAGGAAGUGACGAUCUUAUGUGACUAGCUAACAGGGGGCAGCAUGGUGACAUAUCAAAGCAACGGCUCAAGGCGGCUGUUUCGCCGGGGCGCCUAAUGGAUUUUUCGGCAACCGAAAAUCAUUUUGUGUCAUAUUAAAAAUGUAUAGACAUGGCAA